UCUAGCCAGCAGUUCACUGUAGAGCUCUGAGGUGGUAGUGUUGCUCUUCUGUUCAGUGUUCGGUGCUAUGAUUUCGCUGUUUAGCGACUUUUAAAACUGAAAGAAAUUGUAAUUAGAGACCCUUUAUAUACUGAGUGAUUACGUAAAAGGAUUUGGGGUGUAUGCUUUGAGAGGGCGACCUACAUAAUACUUCAAGAUGGCUCGGAGCCUGGGUGCUUAUGUGGGGAAGACGGUACUAGUGGUGUGGGCGUGCAUGAGUGGGUGUGCGUGGGCGUUCUCUCAGGGCGCGCCUGACACUGCCUGCGCCAACAGAAGGCCCAUCCAUGGCGCAGACCCGCAGAACAGUCCUUCGCCUUAUACCAUAACACCGGGAUCUGCACAGGUUCUGGCAGGCGAGAAGAUGCUGGUGACUCUACAGGCACCUGGAAACACUAACUUUAAGGGAUUCGUAAUACAGGCAUUGGCGUCUGACACCCGGAAGGUAACGGGUACGUUCUUCACCACUGACCACAAGUACCUCAACUGUGACAACGGAAUGAACAAUGCAGUCACUCACAGGGGCCCGGCGGAUAAGACCAAAGUGACGCUCAUGUGGGAACCGCCGUCAAACUUCGCUGGAGACAUUGUCUUUGUAGGAUCAUUUGUGCUGGAGAAGACAACAUUCUGGGUAGAUGUGACCUCUGAGAAGGUCACCGUCACGAAGAGAGAGGUGGUCCAGGAAGCCCCUACUGCAGCCCCUACCGCAGCCCCCACCGCAGCUCCCACCACUACCACCACCUCUACAACUACUACUACUACUACCACCACCACUACUACCUCUACCACUACUUCACCUUCUGUAAGCUUAGAUUCACAAGCGGUUGAUGCCACGAAUGCAGGUGACGUUGUCAUCAAUGUGGUUGAUGCACCUAGCUCGGGUGUAGUUGAGAAUGACACCAGUUUAGUUCCCGAGAGAAAUAUUUCCCUCUCAACUAUUGCUCCCUUCCCAACUUCUAGUUCUACUUUCUCUACACCUCAGUCUCCACCUGUCACUACUGCUAGUCCUGAUAUUAAUAUUAGUACAGAUAGCACUAGAACUAGUCCACUGGGUACUAGCGAGGGUGAGGAUGUUGCAGAGAAAAGUGGUGCUGCAGAAGAAUCGGACAAGACUACAGGGCGACGGAGGUUUGGCAUUCUGGGGCGCAAAAAGACUACCGAGUCCCCCUCCACUACCACUACUACUACUGAACCUACUACCUCUCGUGCACCUAGUGAACCUAGUCAAGACCUCUCACCAGAAGCACAAAGCUUGGAGAGAGCUUUGGUGAAUAUCUACGAUGACUGUGAGUUCAAGAAAGGAUGUUUUGGCUUUCCUUCAGAAUGUGAAGCAAAAAACAAGUGCAACAUGAUGGUGACUUAUUCUAAAGUGUCUGGUGGUUACAAGUUUGAAAUCAUGGGAAAAAUAAGCUCUGGUUAUGUAGCUGCUGGACUGUCUGAUGAUGAACACAUGGGAAGGGAUAGUGUCAUGGCUUGCAGAAUACUGGAUGGCAAAGCAGAUGUACUCAUGGCCUAUAAUGUAGAUGAUAACAAUGAAUUUCUUGCUAAUGCUAAGUAUGGCAUAAGGGAUAUAAAAACACUACAUAUUAAUGGAGAGUUGUACUGCACAUUCGUCCGCCAACCACAAACAGAGAUAAAAAAUAUUAUGUUUGACCUGGAUACCGAUAACUUCCAUUUGAUGCUUGCAACUGGUCCUGCUGAAGAAAGGACGUUGCGUUAUCAUGAUAACCGCAUUGUAUCAUCAGGCACAGUUUCCAUGGAUACAUUUGCAUCUGUUGGUGUGUCUAGUGAACUCUUCAAGACACUUCAUGCAUGCUUCAUGAUUGGUGCUUGGAUAUGUGCUGCCUCUUGUGGCAUAAUUUUUGCUCGCUAUUAUAAAACAACCUGGCUCAGGAGUCGUUGCUGCUCCAUUGAUCAAUGGUUUCAUUUCCAUCGCUUCUUUAUGACACUGACGUGGAGUCUAACGGUUGCUGGCUUCGUUCUUAUUGUUUACUACCUGAAGGGCUGGACCCGGUAUGAUCCUAAAGACAACCCUCAUGCUAUAAUUGGUAUCAUUUCUACAGGUCUUUGCUUUAUCCAGCCAUUCAUGGCCCUCUGCCGAUGUGCUCCUACUCACAGAAAUCGCUAUUUAUUCAAUUGGCUACAUUGGUUUGUUGGAAAUUGUGCUCAGAUUCUAGGCAUCACGGCAAUCUUCUUUGGGUUCCCAUUGAUUAAUGGCCCAGAAUGGACAACAUUUAUUUUGAUUAUCUUCAUUGCAUUCCAUUGUGUUGUCCAUCUUAUCCUUUCAAUUGGACAGUGUGUCAGUGACUCGAAGGCAGAGCGUACAAGCAAUGUGUACCCCAUGAAAGAGAUGAAUGGUAGCCGCACCCCUCUUCACCCAACUGAAAAAAGGACAGAUGCUCCAGGUGGUUGUUUCCGCAAGACAAUGCUGCUUUUUUAUUUCCUUGUAAACUGGGUGAUUACUGCAAUACUUAUUAUUAUUGUUGUCUUCGGAGAAAAAACCUUAAAGGAGUGGGGUGUCCUUUUCUGGGAAAAAUGAGCUGAUUGAUAAAUAAUAAAAAGUGACAUUAUAGUAUUUCUGUAAAAUCUACCACUACAUAAUUUUAUUUGUGGUACAGAAUAUAUCAAGGCAACACAAUGAAUAAAAUGAGUAAUAAAUAUAUUAUCGGUUUGAAAAUGUUAAAUAGGAACAAAAGUGAGUGUUGCAUCAACAGUUAAGUUGUUGUCUUUUUUAACAAGUCUUAAAAUUUUUGUUAAUAUAGGAAUGAAGCAUGUUGUACUGUAAUUGUUUUAAUACUAAUAGUUAUGCUUUAGUGAGGACUGGUGUAACUAUUACUAUGAAAAUUGUAUUGAAAGGAUAAAUAUAAGCUUUUUAAAGUAUUUUACAGUGUGUGAAUGGUUUAACAUUUACAUAAUGUAAUUUGUACCAGGAGGUACAGUAUGUGUGCUUCUUAGCCAAAAUAGUUAAACAAGCUAAAUUUUCUUUAUUUUUUCUUGUGCUUGAUAAGGUAUACAGAAUUCACAUGAAUAACAUGGUACAGUAUGCAAAUUGUAAAUUUCGCACCAACUUAACUUUAGUAACCUAACCUAUCUUGUUAAAAUCUCUCUAAUACUUAAUGGUAAUCCUACCCAAUGUAUAUAAAGUUAGUUUAAUGUUGGUGCUAUUUAACAUCGAUGAAAUAUGUUACUUUUGUGUUGUUCAGACUGAUUUUCAGUUGCUUAUACAAUUAAUUUACAUUACAUAUUUGGCAAAAUGAUGCUUGCUGAAUAAGCUAAAUCGGCAAGCUUGACUUAAAAAUCACGACAUUUUCUAUAUGUAUUUACUGUAUAUAUUUAUAUACCAGACAUACACACACAGUAUAUAUCAUAAAUAUAAAUGGAAAAAAAUCCUGUGGCUUUAGAGUGACUGCUCAAAACUCUUGGUCACAUUGUUCAAAAACUUGUUCUCUUCUUUAAGAUAGUUUUAUUGUUUAUUAUUUUCUUUUGCUAUUUUUGGAUAGGCUUUAGAGAAUGAGUUGUUCGAUGUUUAAAUUAAGGUACAGUAUUUUGUGACACACAUUCUCUGUAUUAUGUAAGUUAAAGCAAACAGUUUCACACGUUUAGCUAAAAUUUCCUUCCUAUUGGGAAAUACUUCAAGUAAAGCGAGUUAGAAGACAGUGGUACAGAAUCCAAUUUUCCUAAGUUUUCUCAUCUAUCAUAUUCCACUGUAAAGACUGUGGAUCCUCCAAAAUAUUCCUAUAACACUAAGGGAAUAACCAUAAAUAGCCCCUGACUAGUAUUAGACAAAACUGUUUCUUUAGGAGUUGAGAUAUUUGAAAGGCAAAAUAUUUUUUUAAUGCAGUACAGUGGAAAAGUGAAAGUAGAAAGACUGCAAGAAAACUGAAAUAGACUUGAAGAUUGAAACUACAGUAAUCUGCUGAAAUGCCGUUGGGACAAGAAAUCUCAUUGGAAGAAAACGGAUACUGUAUGUAUCACAUGGCAGUGCUUCCAUGGAGAUGGGGUCAUUUCAUUUCCAUUUUUACUUGUUAGCUGAUGGACACUAAUUAAAAAAAAAAAUUAAUAAAUUUUUAGCAGCUUAAAUUUAGUAAUUCAAAAUUUUUUUUAUAAGAAGUUGUGCAAUUACCCAUUUAGCAUAAUUUUAUCAGCUAAGUACAUUCCUUAUUUCCUUAAUUUUAAGAUAAAAUUUAUAUCACCAUAUAUAUAUUCUAAUUUUACAAAAUUGGGGAAAACAAUACUUGUAGUAUACAGUGUAAAUAGUCUCAUUUUAAAAAUAAAACUGUUACCUGUUCCUUACACAGCAUUUGUAUUAUUUAUUGUGCAUGACUAUUAUCAGCAAAAUAAAAUUCUUGAUCUUCAGGUUUUUGCAAUGAAAUUGAUAUACACAUGGCAUUUAUUUUGCUGGUAGUAACCUCUAAUGUUUUUCCUUGUUCCAGUAAUCUUUCACCCUUCAGUGCAUACACAACAUAUAAUUACCAAAAUAUUACAAUGUAUGUUAGUUCCAGUAAAUUCUUUAUCACAUUUAUUAUUUCUGAAAAAUCUCUUAACCUUUCCUUCAUUAAUAAUCAUUCUUGAUCAAAAUGUUUAUAUUUGUCCAGUCUUUUUUUUUUCUUUUACAUCCACAUUUAAAAAAAAAAAUAUUUGAACUACUAAUGACAA